AUGCCUAAUUCCAUUUGUUACUUUGACAUCACUAAGGAUGGCGAGCCCGAGGGCCGCGUCGUCUUUGAAUUGGCCAAUGACGUUGUCCCUAAAACCGCUGAAAACUUCAGGGCAUUGUGCACUGGUGAGAAGGGUAUUGGAAAGUCGGGGAAGCCAUUACACUACAAGGGUCUGAAGUUCCACCGUGUGAUCAAGGACUUCAUGGUUCAAGGCGGUGACUUCACUGCUGGCAAUGGUACUGGAGGUGAGUCGAUUUACGGCGAAAAGUUUGAAGAUGAAAAUUUCAAGUUGCUUCACGACAAGCCGUUCCUCCUUUCGAUGGCGAAUGCUGGUCCAAACACCAACGGAUCGCAAUUCUUCAUUACCACUGUCCCCACUCCUCACCUUAACGGCAAGCAUGUUGUGUUUGGGAAGGUCAUUGAAGGUAAAGGUGUUGUGCGCAAACUCGAGCGGUGUGAAAAGGGCGCUGGCGACGAACCUGCUCAAGAGUGGGUGAUUGCUGAAUGUGGGGAAUUACCUAGUGACUACGUUCCUAAAGGUACCGCCGAUGCCACUGGUGAUCCCUACGAGGAAUGCUUGCAAGACUGCGACAACAUUGACACCAAAGAGCCCCAACUGGUCUUUGAUGCUGUUACUAAGCUUAAAGAUAUCGGCACGGCUCAAUUGAAACAAGGGAACUUGGAUGUGGCGUACGCCAAGUACAACAAAGCCGCCUUGUUUUUGGACGAUUACUUCCCCGAUGAUUUGAGUGAUGCCGACUUGGCCACUUUGCAUUCGCUCAGAGUUGCGUGCAACUUGAACGCCGCUCUUGUUGCACUCAAGCUCAAAUCAGGUAAGAAGGCGGUCGCGGCUGCUUCUAAGGCGUUGGACGAAGAAGGUAUUGACGAAAAGUCAAAGGUGAAGGCAUUAUAUCGGUUGGGCAUGGGUUAUAACCUCGCUAAAGACGAAGCUAGUGCCGAAAAGUACUUGCAGCAAGCUCUUGCCUUGGAACCCAACGACGCCGGCAUCAUAAAUGGGUUGAAAGAGGUCAAGGAGAGCCAACGUAAACGUAGAGAAAAGGAAAAGAAGGCGAUGUCUAAGUUCUUCUCCUGA